GAGGGCAGGCGGUAGUGGAUGAGGGCAGUUGUACUGCUACAGGUGUGGGAGAACGUGGCUCUUAUUAGUGUUAAAUGAGAGACGUUCUUUUUCUGUUCUAUAAAUGAAAUGUUAAACUUACGAUAUAUUCCGUUGGCCAAUAUGCUACUACAAGCAAUAGGACUUCUCACUUUUCUUACGGGAUCACGUGUCUAUGGAGUGCGCGUGUGCGUGACAGGAGAUGCAGGCGCCGUGUGCGAUUCCCUGAGAACCGACGCAGCCGAUCUGGACAUCACCUGUGUCCCGAGCACAGACAGGUAUGAGUGCCUGCGACGAGUGGCGGAGAAGGAGGCGGACGUGAUGCGAGCCGACGCCGAGGACGUGUACCUCGCCAGGGAACUGUACGACACACAGGUACACGUCAUCGCGGAAACGAGGACCAUCGAAGAGCAAAAUGAACCAGGUCGAUAUGAUGGCGUGGCCUUAGUGAGACGGUCAACAAUCAAGUCCCUGGAGGACCUGAAGGGAUCCAAGUCCUGCCACACUGGCUACGGAAGGACGGCUGGCUGGAGCAUCCCCUUUUCGCACCUGCUGGAAUUGGGUCAGAUUCAGUUGAACUGCCAGAGCGACAUCACAGUCGUGGAGCAUGACCUGAAGGCGGCUUCCAGCUACUUCGGCCUCGCCUGCAUCCCCGGCAAAUGGGUGCCGGACGAUAAAACGAACGCAAAACUCAAGGCUGAGUACAACAACUUAUGUACAAUGUGUGGCGAUCCAGGCCGAUGCGACGACCCGGACGUGCACGCGGGCUACGAAGGGGCUCUGCGCUGCCUGGUCGACUCGCACGGGGACGUGGCGUGGACGAAGCGGAGCGCUGUCUCCAAGUUCUUCAAGAAGAGGACUUCUGUAGCUCCGUCAGACUACGGCCUGCUGUGUCCCGACGGCCGAGUGCUGGACGUUAACACAACCGAACAGUGUCGCUGGGCCACCCGCCCCUGGACCUCUUGGCUCACGCGCUCUAAUGCGGACAACCAGAAAGAUAUCACAGUCGCCCUCACGAAGCUGAUGGAGUCGGCCUCGCCAGCGCUGAACGAGGGGGCGACGCUGAAGCCUUGGGCCAAGUACAUCCUGGGGACUGAGGUGCCUUCGGUCAUUCACACGCUGUCGCCUCCUGUGACUCCUUUCAAAUUCCUGAAUGAAGCUGGGUACGACACGACCAUCGAUCGCCUGGGCUGCCCCGAGAAGCCCGUGCGACUGUGCGUGGAUUCCCGCAUGGGCCGGGACAAAUGCCUGGCCCUCCAGCAGGUGCUAAAGUCCCGUCGCAUCCGCCCCACCUUGGAGUGCGUCGUCCCGACGUCCCCCGACGACUGCCUCGCCAUGGUGGCAGCCGGGAACGCUGACAUCACCACUGUGGAUGGAGGAGACGCAUUCCGUGGUCACACUGAAUAUGGCAUCUAUCCGGUGGUAGCAGAGAAGUAUGGGCUCCUGGAUGCAUCCUACUUUGCUGUGGCUGUGGUGAAAGCCAACUCUGGCAUCACUUCCAUAAGCCAACUCCAGGGCAAAAAAUCCUGCCAUACUGGUAUUGACAAGACAGCAGGCUGGAAGAUUCCUGUUGUGACGCUUCUGGAAGCGGGGCUCAUCCAGGCGGGUAACUGUGACUUCGCGGAAGAAGUCGGCAAGUUCUUCAGCCAGUCAUGCGCUCCCGGGGCCAAGGAUAGUAACUACGACCCGCAGGGCACCAAUCCCGACUCGCUGUGCGACCUUUGCAUAGGGAACGAUGUGAAAGGCGUGAGCGGACCCACCUACGCGGGAGGGAACCCGGAGGACAAGUGCAAGCGGUCCCACAGCGAGGCCUUCUACGGGUACACGGGGGCGUUCCGGUGCCUCGUUCAGGGUGGAGGCGACGUGGCCUUCGUCAAGCAUACCACUGUCGCCGAGAAUACCAACGGCAACAGCAACGCCUCCUGGACAGAGGGCCUCCGCGCGCUGGACUACCGGCUGCUGUGCAAGAGCAACGGCGUCGCCGACGUAGCCGAUUACAACACCUGCCAUCUCGCACGUGUUCCCGCGCACAAGGUAGUGACGGGGAUUAAGUCGAAUCCUGUGAUGGUGGAGGAGAUUAGGAUCCUCCUCCUGCGCGCCUCCGAACAGCUACCGAAGGGGCAGGAUAUCUUUACCAUGUUUGGGCCAUAUCAUGGGAGACCAGAUGUCAUCUUCAAGGAUUCUGCCACGAAGCUGGUGAAUCUGCCUGAGGAUGCCUUCCACAAGUCCAUAGACAACAUUUACUACCGAGCCCUCAGCGAACUCAGCACCUGCAGCCCCAAAGACUCCCCGCAGACAGGACCCUACAGCCCGCAAACCCAUAACGAAGCUGCUGCUGCCGCUUCGCUCCAUUACCUGCUGGCUGUCACCUCUGCUGCCAUAACUUGGGUUGUUGCCCGAUAGCUCUUCCGAUGUCUGUGAUAGGUUUAGCUGCGACUCUGUAGAAAAUGCUCCGCCCUUCCUUCCAGUUGACUAUUUUUAUAUACCAUUACCUUACACGAGAUCUUAACAGAAAUCUUAAAUUUCUUUUAAACUUGUAUAUAACUGUUACUCCAUAUAUGAUUAACUCUUGUACAAAAAAUAUUGCUGUUACAUCUCCUAAAUAAAGAAAACACUUUAU